AUGACGUCUCGGACGACUUCUAAAGGUUCCAAGUCUUCCGUAGAGAAAAAGGAAAAGAAAGAACAUGCCCAGGUACAGCCUGGUGCACAGAAGGAUGAUGAACCAAGUCGGAAUUACGCUCAGAAGUCACAUGGGGCUCUGAAUACUACGCGCAACUCGACCGAUCCUGACAAGAAGGCUCCCAACGUGUUUGAGUACCUCGAGGAUGAUGAAUCUUCAGAUGAUGGUAGCUCAUCGUCCGAUGCAGAAGAAAACGUGAGUGAGUCUUCAGGCCAGCCCUCGAACGUCCUCGAGACCUACCCAAAACAUACAUACCCUGGUCUCAACACCGAUGCUCGUACCAACACUUUGUCGCAGGGCCAGGCUCAUAGACAAACAAGCAUCCGUAGUCAAGACUCGACACUCAAGUCCAAGAGAUCGGCAAACUCACGGCAGCUACCUCAGGUUGAUGUAUCUCCGUCUACAGUGCCACUGCACCUGCCACGAAAUACAGCAGAUCGAAAGCUCUCCUUGGAAGAGAUAUACAACGUCCCCGGCGCACUCACCGACAGUCCAAAUCCUACCGGCAACUUGAAUUUGGAUCUUGCUACUUUGCCGGAGACUUACUAUCCUCCUCGAAACUCCUCUACGUCGCAUAGGCCUCCGCUUCCCCCAUCUCCUCCGCGAAGCCCCAAGGAGGAUCUUCACCGGACCGGCAGGAAGUCUCGGCGAGGUACCAAGUCGUCGCACAUACCUUGCGGUUACGGCAUUCUCUCCAGCCGACUAAGCUCGUCCUCCGACAGCAAGGAACCCCCCCUUCCACCUUUGUACCGCCGGUUCGAAGAUCUGAACCAUCGUGUCCUCUUUUAUCUCCAAGAUGAAAUUGCGCAAAUGGAAGAAGAUCUGAGAAUUCUCGACGAGUACGAAGAGAUGCAUCGGGUCGCCACCGCCGAACGGGAGGGAACGAAGAAGCUACCCGCUUCGAGACGCAUGGAUGCUCAAGCUCAGGUUUACUCGUCCUUGCAUUACAGACGGGUAGAGGUAAUGGGAGCCUUGAUUCACAAAACGGAGCAAUACAACAACGCCCUCGCAGCAUAUAGCCGAGUCCUGCAGACCAUACCCAGCGCCUCAGAUAAAGACAUCGAGACCUACCGCACGUGGAUGAAAGACCAUUCACCCAUUAUAACAGCCGAGUCCCGGUUCUUAGACCACGGCAAAGACCUGAUCUCCUUGUCGCCCCGCCGCGCACCUCCGACAGCCUCCGUCUACUCCGCCAUCAUCAUCGCCUCAGCCGCUAUCCUCCUCCCCUUACUAGCCUUCAGCAUGAUCUCCGAGUUCUCAGGUCGUCUCCUAGUGGUGGCCCUUGUCGGCGGGGCGGCUGCCGCGAUAGCAAUGAAUUAUUCGUCUGGUGCAGAGCACCUUGAGUCUCGCGAUGGAUGGAGGUCUGCAACAUUAUACUUUGGCUUCAUGACCAUAGCCGCCAUGUUUAUCCCUUGA